AGAUCGAGUGCACCCACAGUAGCGAGACAAGAAAUAAUAAAAGACGUUUGGCGCGGGUGUUGCUGACAGCAGAGGAAGAGGAGCCGACGGCAGGCGCACUGUUCGGCUGCUUUCUAGUGAUUUCCCUUGGAGAAAGGAGCAAGAGACAUUCGUACAUUUACGAAUAGAGAAUCAGAGCAGUGUAAUUUUAUUUUUCCUCAUUCUCUAGUCAGCCGUCUACCGAAGCUUGCCCCGCGCAGGCAGACGGAAAUACCUUGAAAAUGCCUCCUAUCGACAAUGACACCGGGAAGAAUGAACUCAGAUCUCGGAUACAGCAGCUUAUUGACACCAAUCAAGUGGUGGUUUUCAGCAAAAGCUACUGUCCGUAUUGUGUCAAGGUAAAAGAUCUGUUCACGGAGCUGAAAGUCGAGUGUAACGUGGUGGAGUUGGACCUCAUAGAGGAUGGAACCAACUACCAGGAGAUGCUGCUCGAGAUGACUGGACAGAAAACUGUUCCUAAUGUCUUCAUCAAUAAGACACACCUUGGCGGCUGUGACAAAACAAUGCAGGCCCAUAAAGAUGGCAGUUUGCAGCAGCUGCUGAGUGGUGAAAAUGAAUCCUAUGACUACGACCUGAUCGUCAUCGGAGGAGGUUCUGGGGGCCUGGCCUGCUCAAAGGAAGCAGCUAUGUUGGGGAAGAAGGUCAUGGUGCUGGACUAUGUUGUGCCCACACCAAAAGGAGCCACCUGGGGUCUUGGUGGAACUUGUGUGAACGUGGGCUGCAUUCCCAAGAAGCUGAUGCACCAGACAGCCAUGUUGGGCACGGCCAUGCAGGAUGCGCGCAAGUACGGCUGGGAGUUUGACGAGACAGUGAAACACAACUGGGACACGAUGAAGACGGCGGUGAACAACUACAUCGGCUCAUUAAACUGGGGCUACAGGGUGGCACUGAGAGACAAGAAUGUCAACUAUGUCAACGCUUAUGCAGAGUUCAUUGAACCACACAAGAUCAAGGCGACAAACAAACGAGGAAAGGAGACAUUUUACACCGCAGCUAAGUUUGUCUUGGCUACAGGCGAGAGGCCGCGCUACCUGGGCAUCCCUGGAGACAAGGAGUACUGCAUCACCAGUGAUGACCUCUUCUCAUUGUCUUACUGCCCGGGAAAGACCCUGGUGAUCGGGGCGUCCUACGUGGCUCUGGAGUGCGGUGGCUUCCUGGCCGGCUUGGGUCUCGACGUCACCGUCAUGGUCCGGUCUAUUUUGCUGAGGGGCUUUGACCAGGACAUGGCCAACCGUGCCGGAGAGCACAUGGAGGAGCAUGGUGUUAAGUUCCUCCGCAAAUAUGUUCCAGUAAAGGUAGAGGAGCUGGAAGCAGGCACUCCUGGCAGGCUGAAGGUGACAGCCAAGUCCACAGAAACUGAUGAGAUCAUCGAGGGAGAGUACAACACUGUGUUGAUAGCAGUGGGCCGAGAUGCGUGCACAGACAAGAUUGGUCUGGACAAGAUAGGGGUCAAAGUCAACUCCAAGAAUGGAAAAAUCCCAGUGAACGAUGAAGAGCAGACCAACGUGCCCCACAUCUACGCCAUUGGAGACAUUCUGGAGGGCAAGUGGGAGCUGACACCUGUCGCCAUCCAGGCUGGCAAGCUGUUGGCACGACGCCUCUAUGGGGGAGCAACACUCAAGUGUGACUACAUCAACGUUCCCACAACUGUCUUCACCCCAAUGGAGUACGGCUCCUGUGGUCUGUCAGAGGAGAGAGCCACUGAGCUCUACGGGCAGGACAACAUCGAGGUGUACCACAGUCUGUUCUGGCCUCUGGAGUUCACUGUGCCUGGCAGGGACAACAACAGAUGCUACUCCAAGAUCAUCUGCAGUAAACUGGACAGUGAUCGAGUCAUCGGGUUCCACUACCUGGGCCCUAACGCAGGCGAGGUGACGCAGGGAUUCGGUACAGCCAUGAAGUGUAGAGUCACCAAGGAGCAGCUGGACAGCACCAUCGGCAUCCACCCGACCUGUGCUGAGAUCUUUACCACCAUGGAAGUGACCAAGAGCUCCGGUGGAGACAUCACCCAGGCCGGCUGCUGAGGUUAAACCCUGCUUGUUUAGCGGGCUGCUCUUAUAUUAGACUCUCCUCCAGACCACUCUCAUCUUAGCUCCCACUCAGUGUUUAAGCUCAGCCUCAACUCCAGUCGCUCACUUUACAGGGCAGUUGUUUCUCAGGACAAACCGAACACCACAGCCAGCGUCUGAAUCAGUGGAAGCGCUCUGGGAGCUAAGAGGUGACUGGAACACGUCAGAGCUAAGAACAUGUGUGUCUCCAGCUCUGGCUGGGGUCCUUUAAUAUAAGGGCAGCCUGCUGAACAGCGGGGUUACUCUGCUGAUAUUUCCACCGGGCUCCAACAGUGUGUACUUCUCAGAGGAGCACCAACACACACACUAACUUUGAGUGUGUGUUUGGGCUGUUUGUGACGUCCUGGCCCGUAACCCCAAAUAAUGAGGUGGGCGAGGAUCGAUGUCCCUCUGCAGAAGCACCUGAUGGUGGCCCGAACCCUUCGUCCAACCCCCAACUUAAAACACUUGUCAUUCACUCCCCGGUAUACACAUGGUAUACAAACUGAAGUUGACUUUAGAAGGACAGAUCUGAAUUGGCGCACACAGGAUUUGAUUGGAUGCACGGCUCUGAACUCUGCUCCAGCUUGUGAUGGAAACAAAUUAUUUAAUCUGAUGUAUGUAUGUGUAGAUUAAAUGUCAUCAUGUCUCCUCUGUCUAGCCUUCAUCAUUCCACACAUUCCUCUUACCAGGUCAGUAAGAUAAAAUCGAGGUCUGUACAUGUUGCUAUCUGUUGCCGUGUGGAGGCACCAGGGUUUUCUGCCUUAGAGAGAACUCCAUUUAUUCUACCAAAGUGUUUAGCAUGACAAGUCUGCAGAGAGAUCAGCAGCCAGCAGAUCUGCACCUCUCAAACCUCCGCUGUGUUGCAUCACCACAGUUUCAUAGAGAAUUGAAUGGAAAAUAAACCGGAAUUGUACUGAAUGUUGUUUCAACAAAAACCUUUUCUCAAGUUUUUACUCUUAUUAAUUUAAUACUUGUUUGUUGCAUCUUGCUGUUUGCCUCUGCGUUAUGUGUGUAUGUAAAAGAUAUAUUCAGUCUGCUAGAGGACAGUAUUCUGACUGCUGUCAGUGAGUGACAUUGGUCAUCUUUAUAAAUGACUUGUUCGCUGGUGUCAAACCACUGUAGAUUACUUCUCUCUCAAGAUGUAAUAAAGGAGGAAUUCACCUUCA